CUAAGGCAAAAACACAAGAAAGUUAGUGAAGGCAUUCGGUCACAAUAUGUACAUGACGAGAGGGAGAAAAAUGUUCCUGAAAUGGUUAAAUUUCAAGAGAAAUGUAAGAAGAUGGCCUAUGAUAAUCUGCAGGAUAUAAGGAGACAAGAAUAUGUCAAAGACGCUUUAGAAGAGAAAAAGUUUUAUAAAGAAAUGACCAAGCAGGAGUUUGCCCAAAAGUUACUUGACAAACAGGAGAGAGAAAAGAAAGUUGAAAUUAAAAAGUCUUUGACUGAUGCAUGGGAUGGUCAAGUUGAAUAUAAACGGCAGAAGAAGAUGGAAAUGGACAAGAUUAAAAAGCAAGGGUCUUAUUCAUUGAUGGAAUCAGAACGGUUGCAUCGAACGGAGGAAGUUGAGAAGAAACAGAAGAAGCAAAAACUCAGCACACAGGACAAAACUGAGCAAAACAUGAGGGACCAAAAGAAGACUGUGGAUGAUAAUUUAGAGGAUAUAUUGAAGAAAGAAGCUGCCUAUGACUCUCUUUUACAAAAAAAGCUAUGUAACAAUAUGGCCAAGGAGGAGGUUGCCAAAAUGCUACGUGAAGCACAUCAUCAGGAGAUGAAAACUCCAAAGCAAAAGCCUCUGGCUGAUGAACUGGCUGCCCGAUAUCAAUAUAAACAGAAACAGAAGAGGGAAACGGACAGGACUGAAAGGCAAGGGGUGCUUCCCGGAUAUCGAGCUGAGGAAAUAGGAGCGAGGAGACAGAAGAAGGAUCCCCAGCAGAAACUGAAGACACAGAACAAGACUAAAAAAUAUAUGGACAACCCAGAUGCAAUGCAGUGGGAAAUGCAUCACAGUGUUACUGAGCAAGGAAGAGAUGUUCAGUAUGAAUCUGGCUUUCUAGACCAUGAGAGUGACUGCGGCAUUCCUGAUAAGGACAGAAGUCGUGAAAUACGUAAAAAAAUAGUGUACGACCAACUGUCACUUAUAAAGAAGGAAGAAGCUAAAAAAAGGGCUUUUAUGGAGGAUAAGUUAUUGAAAGAAAAGAGACAUCGGGAAUCUGCAGAACAAAAGCGUGAAAAACUAGAGAAAGAGAAAAAAGCCGCAGCUAUCAAGUCUCUGACUAAUUCUUGGGAUUCCCAGAUACAACGUAAACGGCAGGAGAAAAAGGAACUUUGUGAGAUUGAAAGGAAAGACAUGACUUCAUUAAUUGAAUUGGAAAGAGCGUGUGGAGGUGCAAAUUGGAAAAGUAUCAACGUUCCGCAAAACAAACAGCCUGCUGACAAACAUAAUGACGUAAAAACCAGCAAUAUUUCCAGACCUUUACUGAGUCGUCAGAAAGUUACCAAUACCAAGCCUGUCAAACUUCCCUCACUGAAAUCGAAAUAUGUGCACUUUUCUGAGAAUUGCCAAGAGAACUGUAAAAGGGUAAAAUUCCCAUUAAUUUACACUCCCAAAUUGAUUAGUGGGGGCUGAGUUCCAUGUCGCCAU